AUGUGUAACAAUUUUCUUGGAAAGCAAGUUAGUCUGAUGGUCGAGAAUCGAGAUCUUGAUAUUGGUACUGCACCAUCUGAUAGGUCAGAGAUGAGUCCUUCAAGCUUGGCAACGUUGGCAUUGGAUGAUACACAUGGUCUAACAAUAAACAAGUUGCAGAUUCCUAAUGAUCAGCAAAAUCAAUUUCAUUCUUAUCAAUGGUCUACUACAACUAAUCAUAUACCUUGUACUCGUGGAGCUCCUACCGUUCAACCAGCAGCUAAUGAUCAAACCUUUUUCUCCAUAGGUACCCAUCUAGGAGCUCCUACCGUUCCACCAGGAGCUAAUGAUCACUGGUUUCCUUAUAGUGAUCCUGCGUGUACCAAUUCUGGAGCUUCUGCCGUUCCACCAGCAGAUAAUGGUCAAUGGUUGCCAUAUACAGAUCCUACGUAUAACUAUACUGUUGUAUAUUCAACCGGUGCACCAGCAGCCACUGCUCAAUGGCCAACAUCUAAUGAUUUCCUUCCCAUAGAUACUCGAGCUCCAACUUUUGCAAAAGCACCUACUGCGGCAUUUGACCAUUUUGCAAAUGGUUUUGGAGAAGAUAUUAAUAAUAGCAGCCCAAAUUUCCAGCCGAUGGAUCCUUCAACAGCAAAACUACUAACACAACUCGACCACCUGCAACAAGACCCAUAUGGACAAUACCAACUGCCACUGCAGGUUCUAAAAAAACCCUCACUAGAAGAGCUGCGAAAACUUCCAUAUGAAGUAAACAACGUGCUGCGAUAUGAUGGAAACAACAACGGGAUGCAAGGAGUACUAAUGAAACCCGAAAAGCCGCCACAAGACCUAUAUGGACAAUGCCAACCGCAACCACAGAUCCAACGAAACUUUUCAGUACAAGAGCUGCAAAAACUUCAAUAUGAAGCAAACAACAACGGGUUGCAAUAUGAUGCACACAACAACGGGCUGCAAGGAGGACUAACGCAACCCGAGAAGCCACUACAAGACCUAUAUGGAAAAUGCCAACAGAAUCUCUCAGUAGAAGAUCUGCUACCUCUUGAAUAUGAAGCAAACAACAACGGACUGCAAGGAGGACUAACACAACCCGAGAAGCCAUUACAAGACCUAUAUGGAGAAUGCCAACAAAAUCUCUCAGUAGAAGAUCUGCUAACUCUUGAAUAUGAAGCAAACAACAACAAACUGCUAGGAGUACCAACGCAACCCGAGAAGCCACUACAAGACCUAUAUGGAGAAUGCCAACAGAAUCUCUCAGUAGAAGAUCUGCUACCUCUUGAAUAUGAAGCAAACAACAACGGACUACAAGGAGGACUAACGCAACCCGAGAAGCCACUACAAGACCUAUAUGGAGAAUGCCAACAUAAUCUCUCAAUAGAAGAUCUGCUACCUCUUGAAUAUGAAGCAAACAACAACGGACUGCAAGGAGGACUAACACAACCCGAGAAGCCACUACAAGACCUAUAUGGAGAAUGCUAA